AUGUUUCCAGAAGAAAAGGUUCGCACUGAAGUCGCUGCCAUGCGAUUCAUUGGAGACCAAACGUCGAUACCCGUCCCUCUGGUUAUUCAGUCUGGGACCAAGAAGGAGAGUCCGAUGGAACUAGGCCCCUUCAUAAUCGUGGAGAAAAUCAACCAUACUUCAAAUAUGCUGGAAGUCCUCCUCGACCCAGAUCGCCCACCAAAUGCGCCACUAGCACUCGAUCCCAGCAUCCCACCAACCAAAUUUGAGGCCCUUUACAAAGAACUAGCCGGUGUAUGCCUCUCGUUAUCGAGAACUGGCCAAAACAAGAUCGGAUCUCUCGUUCAAGUUGAUGGUUUCACGUGGGUAGUCGGGGCCAGACCUGUCACCAUCCAGAUGAAUGAACUCGUCCGAGUAGGGACGCUGCCCCGAUCGCAAAUACCAACUACAACAUUUGAUACCGCCUCUUCAAACGAUGCCAUAAACUCAGCAGAUGACUGCCGGAGCAAAUUCGUCGCCAGAUUCUUGUUCCGGAAACUCACUCGUGAUCCGGACCUAAGAUUCCGAUGGAUUAAACAUGAGAAUGGACCUUUUCCUGUAUGGUGUGACGAUUUCCGCCCAGGGAAUGUCCUUCUUCAUGACGACCUCGGUAUUGCAGGCGUGGUGGACUGGGAGUUUGCAUAUGCAGCGCCUGUCGAAUUUACUCACGCACCCCCUUGGUGGCUCAUUUUGGCAAAGCCUGAGUAUGCUUCAACAAAUAUUACGGGAUGGUCUCAAGAAUUUGAGAGGCAGCUUCCAAUCUUUUUGAAAGCGAUGACGGACUGCGAAAAUGAGGCAAUCCAGAAGGGGCGACUCUCAGAAAACCAGCGUCUGUCAGAUCAAAUGGAGCAGAGCUGGAAAACUGGGGAUUUCUGGAUCGUAUAUGCAGCAACGCAUAGCUUUGCCUUUGAUGCUAUAUACUGGUCAAGGAUUGACGAGCGCUUUUUCGGGCCUGUCUGUACAAAGGACAUCUGUGCCACCUGGAAAGAAAGACUUCAUCUUCUAAAUGCCGAGUUACAAACAAUGGAGGAAUACGUCGAGUUAAAGCUGAGUCAAACGGAGACAAGGGCUUUAGCGUGGGAUCCUGAUCAGUAUACCCUUGAUCAUAUUCAAAAAAUGGAUGAAGCUUGA